AUGGCAACCGCAAUGGAACGACAUGUACCUUCCGUUAACGGCAUGGGUCACCGCUACGAUUACAUCUCCGACUAUGACUGUAUUUUUAACCAUCCCAUGGAUGGCAUAGUAGGUAAUCAAAAAUUACAGUAUAAUCAGGGGGGCUGGCAGAAUUUACAAGACGCCAAAAAUCAAGGUUGGCCCUUAGAAAUCACAGAUCUUGCCCACUUUACAAACGAUGGAGCCGCCAAGCAGAUCGUUAAGGAAUAUGGCUUCCGAGGUGGGCUAAAGAAAAUCAAUGAAGACAGAAGCCAUUGUAAUGUUUUUGCAAAGCUCUCGUGGUGGAGUCCAGUAUUUACAGAUGCAGAGAAAAAUAGCCUUCGUGGGCAUCUUGGAGAAGUCAUACAACCUUUCACUGAUCCGGAAGAGGGUGAUGACCUCGAUGCCUUAAAAAACCGAUUCGCUACUUCUGAUGCCUUCCAGCCUAAAGCUUGGCGGUAUGGAAGGCACUUAUUUCGGUAUGAACAAAACGAGUUGUGUGAAACUUACCGUGAACUUGUCGAUGACGAGCUGUGUUACAAAAUAUUGGGAACGUUUGGUUACAAGCAGGAGGUUAUGCAUGCUGUUCUUGUAUGUAGCCAAGUAGAUGGCGCUGGGCAGUUUUCAGACUAUCCCGAUGUGUUAACGCCAGAGGAAGAUAUCAACAAUGAAGCUGUUAUUACCCGUGAUUGGGAUAUUGGCAACUGGUAUUGGAGACCGCAGGCAACGGGAGGAAGUGACAUUCUCCGCCUUCAAGCACAUUGGCAAAAUUAUCCGCGAUAUCGUAGGUGGGAACACGUGGCCUUUGCUUUCCACAUCCCUGACGACGAGAUAAUGGUGUGCGAUUCCCCUCUCGACCAUCAUUGUACACUUGGCUGGGAAUGGUGA